AAAUAUGUUUUUUUAUAAAUGUAUUUUUUUAAUAAAAUACAAUACAAAAAUCAACUAAUAAACAUAAAACUGUUCAUUUAUCGCUACUACUUAAGUUACUUAUUUAAUGGGACCUUUUGAUGUCUUUUUUUAGUUUUAACCCAUGUACUGUUUUGUGCUAAUAAUCAGUUUGAAUCAAAGGCGCAAUUGAAAUGUUAAAAGUCAAGGUAAUUAGUGUGCUAAGGGUUACUUUUCUUUCAUGCACAUGCAAAAUAUACAUAUAAAAUAUAAUAUGCACAUACAUACACACAUAAUUAUUAGUUUUUAGACAUCUAAAUAAAAAAAUGUAUCAAAUGUGCUAUAUUUAUUAUGCUUUUCUGGAGCAGGACGCCACUCAUUCUGCUAAAUAUCUCCUUUUCUCUUUCACAGAGUUAUACUGGUUUGAAUGACAUGACAACAGAGCUGUUAUUUGUGGUUAAACUAUACCUGUAAAGUGAGGUAAGGUUGUAAUCCACAUGUAUUACAAACUGACCCUUGACCUUCGGAGAAACCUCCUUCAGUCCUCAGAGCCCAUAUAAUCUGUGUAAGGUUAUUAUACUAAAGAUGCUUUCUUGUUGCUUAUUUAACACGUGUGAUAUAAGAAUGAUGCUCCUGCAUGUUUGUCAGUGUCUUUAUGCGUGUGUGAUUGGAUUAGUUGUGCAUUUUCAUUACUUCUGCAAGACGGAGACGCUAAUCUCGUGGAUGGGAACGAACGGCUAGCGGUGGGCGGAGUCACAGCUUACAAAUACUGUCCCUUAAAGCCAGCGUCCACUCCCUCUUUAACCCAGCACGGCGACGGACGGCUUCAGCAGACAGAAUGAGUCCCAAACACGUCGUCUACAAGAAACUCUCCCGAGACAAAUCUGUGGGCGUGUACAUGGGGAAGCGGGAUUUCGUGGAUCACUGUGACUUUGUUGAUCCUGUCGAUGGAGUCGUGCUGAUCGACCCCGAGCAGGUGAAAGGGAAGAAAGUCUACGUCAUGCUGUCCUGCACGUUCCGGUACGGCCGGGACGACAUGGACGUGAUGGGAAUGGCCUUUCGCAGGGAUAUCUUCCUGUGCACCCGCCAGGUCUACCCCCCUCUGCAGGACAAGGAGCGCAGCGUUCACACGAAAGUACAGGAGAAGAUCCUGCGCAAACUCGGAGACAGCGCCUACCCCUUCUUCUUCGAGUUCCCAGAUAACCUGCCGUGUUCGGUGUGUCUGCAGCCGGCUCCCACAGACGUGGGAAAGCGUUGCGCCGUGGAGUUCGAGGUGAAGGCGUUCUGCGCAGAAGAUCAAGAUGAAAAAGCUCAAAAGAGGAGUUCGGUCCGGCUGGCCAUCAGAAAGAUCCAGUACGCUCCGGAUAAAAGCAGCGCUGCUCCUUCGGCCGAAACCACCUGUGAAUUCAUCAUGUCUGAUAAACCCCUGCACAUGCGUGUCAGCCUGGAGAAAGAGACGUAUUAUCACGGAGAGGAGAUCAACAUCAGCGUGGACAUCGACAACAGCUCCAACAGGAACGUGAAGGACCUGUCGGUCUCCGUGGAGCAGGUCACGAAUGUGGUGCUUUACUCAAACGACAAGUACAUCAAGACUGUGGCCUAUGAGGAAACCAUGGACACCGUGCCGUCUGGUACGAGUCUGAAGAAGUCUUACACCCUCUGUCCUCUACUGAACAACAACCGCGAGAGACUGGGCCUCGCUCUGGAUGGAAAGCUAAAGCAUGAGGACACCAACCUGGCCUCCUCCAGCAUUGUAAAGGACGAGGUGCUGAAGGAGAUUCUGGGUAUGUUGGUGGCGUACAGGGUGGUGGUGAAGUGUAACGCAGCCGGCAUGAUUGGAUCCAGUGAGGUUGCUGUGGAGGUUCCUUUCAAACUCAUGCAUCCCAAACCUGAUCCAGAGAGUGAAGACACGACUGACCUGGUGUUCGAGGAGUUCAAACGCUCCUAUCUGAAAGGAAUCAUCGGCGACGAUGACGAAUCUCCGGCUGAGCCUUGAGGGCCUUCUCCAUGAGUGUUUUAUGCAUGUAAAGAUUCGGGAGCAUUUAUUGCAUGCACAUUGAGAUUGUGUGAUGCUAGAAAAAGCCAGGUGAGAAAAACAGUCGGCCAAAUCAGCGUUUAUGCAUAUAAUUUUGUAUGUUGUAGUGAACCCGAUCAUGUCUGCUAAAUAUUUGCAUUAAGAUGCAUAAGAACAAUCAUUAUUCCAAAUGCGAACUUAGACUUUUUAAGAUGCUAAAAUUGUAAAUCAGUAAGGACGGACUGAUUUUAUUUGCCACAAAUGGAUGUAUCGCUCAGUAAAUUAGAGGCAGCUUCUGUUGUCAUUUGCUCUGUAAAUGCUUUUAAAUAAAACCCUUUGUGACUUUA